CUGAUUUGAAAUAGCUUAGAUAUUCUAAUGAUAAUGUUAUUAGACGGGAUAAAAUACCUUUAAUUUAGAUUUAUUAUUUAGUGAAAUUUAUAUAUUUUCAAUUGGAAAAUUGUAUUUUCUGAAACUCUCAUAAUUUUCAGUUGUUGUAACGCAAAGAUCUGAAAUUUCAGAUGCUUUCCUGAAAAAAAAAACGAAUUUUUUCUAUGAAUUUCUAGAUUCAAAAAAUCCAUUACUCAAAAAAUCUCAUAUUCACUGUGGGCGUUCUAGUAGAAAAAUGCACUGAAUUUCACUUAGGUACAACAGUGACCGCUCGUGCAUUAAAGUAACAAAGGAUUUUUUUUGAAAUGUUUUGUCUUAAUUGAGCUUUCACCAAGUUACCUGUACUUAUACGAGAAAAUAGGCAUUGUAGGCAAGAAGGCAGGCAGAAGGUAGGCACGCACGGUCGCUUUUUGGUUUUUUUAUUUCUAUAGAUUUUCGAUGAGUAUAAUUCAAAAACUAGAGGUUCUAGCAAGUAAUUUUCAACAAUCAAGAUAUUGGCCAUAUAUGUAAUUGUCUACAUUUCAAAAUAAAACAUUUGAUCAUGUAGAUUUUUUUUGUUCAAGAACGUCUUUGAAAUCAUCGGUUCACAUUAAGUUACCAAAGAUUUCGGCAAAGGACGACUUCAAGAAGAUUUGCAGUGAGAUGAAGCUUCAGAUUCGUGGAAUUCACGGAGAAUAUUCGGAUUUGAAGGAAGGAAUCUAUGACAUCUCGAACAAGCAACGCCUUGGACUUACUGAGUAUCAAGCCGUUCGUCAGAUGUACGAUGGAUUGAAAAAGUUGAUUGAGUUGUGGAGAAAGCCGCCGAAUAAGAACUAGUAUCAUUUUCAAUGAAAUAAAUUUUUUAGUAGAUGA